AGUCAUUAAGGAUAAAUGUUAAAAAUCUUACGAUAUCGAAAUGCACUGAUUGGAGGUUGUGUAGGUUUUGUAUGCAAACAAAUCUUCUGCUAUUGGCUGAUUUGGAUCUUCGUUCCGGCCGUUGAAGCACCAAUUUUUUUUGCAAAGGACAAAUUUAAUGCUAUUAUGGACCGUACCAUUUUCAGUGGUGUUGCACACAACAACAACAUACAAAGGCUUUGAAAGAAUUAGCAGAAUUAAAGAAAGAAAUUCUAGAGGGUUAGUGAGAUGGAUAAGCAUAACCGAACCAUUACCCAAAGCAAGCGAGAAGUUACUGCCUGCAGCCAAGCUUUGUGAGUUCAUCAUACAACCGGAUUGAAGUCACUAGGUUCUUAUCUGGAGAAUUCAGUGUGGUGGCUGGGAAGUAAUCUAAGUUCUUCUAUGUUCAUUUUUGUAAAGGCUGGAGGAUACUUGACAACGUUGCAGUACCUGUCAGUGGUUCAUUCUUUUCAGUACUAGUAGCAUACAACAAUGGAUAAUCAACCAAGUCAAUCUGGUGUUGAUGAAAGUGCUUUAGAUGAGCAACAACAGCAGCAGCAAAAGCAGGAUGAGACAAAUCAACAGCAGGCUUCGCCAGCUAUCAUGGUUCCAAUACCUGCUGUGCCUUUGCCACAUCCUGAAUUCAUGAUCCCUCACGCUCAACUUGAACUAGGACAAACUCUGCAGGUUAGGGCUGCGUAUCAUUAUCCAGAUCCCUACUACGGAGGCAUAGUUGCAGCUUAUGGGCCACAAACAGUGGUUCAUCCCCACAUGCUAGGUGUUCCACACACUGGUCUUCCAUUACCAUCAGAUGCGAUUGAGGAGCCUGUUUAUGUCAAUGCAAAACAAUAUCAUGGAAUUUUGCGGCGUCGGCAAUCUCGAGCAAAAGCAGAAUCUGAGAACAAACUCAUAAAAAGCAGAAAGCCUUAUCUACAUGAAUCGCGACAUUUGCAUGCAAUAAAGCGUGCAAGGGGAUGUGGUGGUCGGUUUCUCAAUUCCAAAAGUAAUAACCAAGAUGGGAUGUCACAGGAGAACAAUUCAAAUGGUAAUAUUGGACAAGAACCAGGCCUUGAUAAAUCAGAUUCUGGGAAGAAAGCUAAACUUUCAACACAAUAUUAGUGUAGCGUAGCUAGAAAAUUUUGCAGUUAGCAGGCAAUUUUCUUGCGGGACCAGUACUUUCAACAUGUGAAGUAGUAAUAAGUUUUUUAAAUGGCACACAUCACAGCUAGUUCCAGUUGACAGUGUUGGGGAGAGUUAAUGUAGCUAUGCUGUUUCCCAGGCAGGGUAUCCUAUCUCUCUUAUGGUGUCUACACAGUUAUGUAUCCAGAUUCAGAUUAGUUUCUUGUACUCCAUAGUUCAAUGUUGAGAUGCCACUUCUUGUAUUAUUCUUUAUUUAGUGCUCCAAAAAUAAUUCUGUGUAGAUUAAGUAUUAUACUUUGUAGGGGCUACUAAAAGGACGUCAGUUUCCUGCAAUUUUCUCAAUCAGCAAGAGUCAUCUGUAGCAUGAAGUUUUCUUUGUGUGAAGAUAGUGUAAAGAAAAUGACAGGAUUGUGUACAAUUUUAUUUGGAACUGUUUCCAACCUUUAGAAACUGAGCUUUCUGAGUCCUUUGUUAUUGAACUGAAUUGGCUUGUAAGUUCUUAGGAGGCUAGAACAAACAAUCUGUACAGUUACUUCCCUGUUUUCAAUGGGUAUUCUAUAGAUGCAAGACAAGGCUGGAGCUGAUCCACAUGUAUUAACAAUAAUGAGGUGAUGGUUAUUUAACCUUAACAUAGAAUUGUUAUAAAUUAACAUAUUUUAUGGUGUAAAGUUGUUUGCCAUAUUUCAUCUCUUUAAAAAUGUCUGCUGUUGUAAAAAAUAGUUUUUGCACAGCAAAUAGGAUGUUGAACUCUAGUAUAAUUAUAAGAGAUCUGUGUUGAAGGAUA